AUGGUCAGAAACCAACGGGAGGAGAGUGAAUCACCUCCUUUACCCCCCUUCGAGUUCAUGUCGCGCAACCGUCGCGCGGUCUUUGGAGACCCACCCUCCCCAUAUUUGGCUGCUCUUCUAGCAAGUGCUGAGCGACGACAACGCAGAAAACGAGAACAGGAGAGGCUGGAAAAGGAACGGAAGCAAAACAACGAAGAGCUGCCUAGGAAGCGGCGUGAUCCCAAUGAACUUCCUGAGUAUCUUACUCCAGCAGGGCAUGAUCACCUGGCUUGGUCGGGCAGUGGAACGUCAUCCUCGAGCCCCUAUCCUGUCUCCGGAACUAGCCGUUCACAAUUUGCCGAUUCGGAAUCAAACGGGGAAACCGGUGAGAAGGGUGAUAAUACGAGCACAGAUCAGACUCACGAUGAAACAAAAAACAUGGAAGAAGAUCGGGAUGAAGAGGAAGAAGAUCGUGAAGACGACGAAGAACAUGAAGGGGAUGUGGAUAGCCAGGAGGACAACCGUUCCAAGAAAUCCGAGGAGGAAGACGGAAAUGGGGAUGAGGAGUCCCAAAGCGGGUCCCAAGAGGAGUCCGAAGAUGGUUCAGCAGACAUGGAUUAUGACGACGAUAUGGCUGACGACGAAAAUACCAUGCCCCAAAAAGAUACACCCAGUAAAUCUGAAGCAACAGUGACAGAUGAAGAAGACAAGGACGAGGACAGCAGCCAAGUUUGUGACCCGGAUCCCGAAAACGAGAUCCUGGUGAACAAAGAGCUUUGUGUUCCUUCCCCGAUCGCGGUCGACGAAGACUCCAACAACAACAACAACAAUAACAGAAGAGGCUGCACCUUAAUUCCGCCCCAAUCUUGGCCCACCCGAUCCAAGCAGACGCAGCAUGACCAUCCCCGCAAUCCCUGUUCUGUUACUUCAGACCGUCCUGAUCCAUCUUCGAAUACGUUUUCUGUCCCCGGCGAAAUAUUUGUUGACCCAAUUGAUUUUGAUAACGACGAAACCCGUGCCUUGAUACAUAAUUUCGCUGCAGCGUGGGCAAACCUCGCCGUAGGCUAUGUGAUUCCCCAUAGUGAGAACACCCGGCCUGCUGGUCGAAGGGUCCGGAGCGUGGCACCUCGACAGAAUAGAGAUCGCUAUAGUCCUGUCUCACAGACCCAAGGUGGAUUUCAUGCCGGCAUUCCUGAAAACGAGCUGUUGUCUUCUUUAUCUGUGUCAUUGCCUGGGGGGUCAAUGCUUCCUACAUAUCGGAACUCCAACGUGACAGCUAGGGUCAACCAGGACGAUCCCCUUUUUGAAGAAACAAGUACUGUGGCCAGACAAAAUUCAAAUGGGCUCCCGGAAAAUGGUGAUCAGAACAUGGAUUGGUAG